GGCCUCUCUGGUUUCUGGGGCGUGAACAACCGGGCUUGGCGCGGAAGGGUGGCUGAGUCCUGGGAUGAGAGGAUCAUUUCUUUCCAGGCGGGGGUCAAGCCCUCGGGAAGCCGAGCCAUCUCGACUAGCCGCUUGCCCCAAGGGGGCGCAGGCCGCGGUCACCCGUCUAGGAAGCUGCAGGGAUCCGGCCACGCUGCCCCUGUCAGGGGCAAAAAGCCAGCUUUCCCUAGCUGGCUGGGAAGACUCCGGGCCAGCCGCUCGCCCGGGGUACCUAAGGGCAGGAGCAAAGCCAGGCUUGUCGCAUAGACCAGUGGAGGCCACCUCCGCCUGACCUCCUGUCCCCCAGGCGGACCCGGACGCAGCGCCACACAUCCCGCCCGCAGGGGGGGCACAGUCACGCGCGCCUCUCACUGGCGCUCACACGCGCGCGGGGUUCGCGCUUUCCUCCCAGCACACCUGCGCUCCGCCCCAUAGUCCUGGGCCAGCGACAGGAGAAGGGAUUUGAAAAUCCAGGACGGCAGCCGAAGCGCCCUCAUCUCCUUCCUCUCCCAGGGCCAGUUAUCCAGAGCCUGCUGCGUCUCCCAACCAGCCCGCAUCCCCCACCAUCCUUCCCUCCCCCCGCCUGCCGCGGCACCGGUAUCCGCAGCCACAGCCGGGAGCCGGUGAGGUGGCGAAAGGAGGAGGGAGAGGAAUCAAGGGAUGAGCACCGGGAGGGCAUCGGGGGCCCUGAGCCGGACUAGGACGCCCCUGGAGCCAGAAUCGGAGCCGGAGCCGGAGCCGGAGCCGGAACCAAAGCACUGGUACCGGGUGGGCCAGCCCCUUAAACCCAGGAGGCGCCCUGGCCCGCGCUCGCCCCCCAGGGCCUCAUGUCGGAACCACAGCCUGUCCUGGAGCCGCCCCAACAUGGGCUGUACAUGCUGUUCCUGCUUGUGCUGGUCUUCUUCCUCAUGGGCCUUGUAGGCUUCAUGAUCUGCCACGUGCUGAAGAAGAAAGGCUACCGCUGUCGCACAUCUAGGGCCUCGGAACCUGACGACGCCCAGUGCCAGCCCCCUGAGGACGAUGACGUGAAUGAGGACACGGUAGAGAGGAUUGUUCGCUGCAUCAUUCAAAAUGAAGCCAAUGCUGAGGCCUUGAAGGAGAUGCUGGGGGACAGUGAAGGAGAAGGGACAGUGCAGCUCUCCAGCGUGGAUGCCACCUCCAGCCUGCAAGAUGGAGUCCCCUCCCAUCAUCACACAGUGCAUCUGGGCUCUUCAGCCCCUUGCAUCCACUGUACCCGCAGCAAGAGACCCCCACUUGUUCGUCAGGGCCGCUCCAAAGAAGGAAAAAGCCGCCCUCGUGCUGGGGAGACCACUGUAUUCUCUGUGGGCAGGUUCCGGGUGACACACAUUGAGAAGCGCUAUGGGCUACAUGAGCAUCGUGAUGGUUCCCCCGUGGAUAGGAGCUCAGGCUCUGGUGGGGGACAGGACCCAAAGGGUGGUCAGGGCUCUGGGGUCAGCCAGUCCAGGGCAGGAAUGCCUGGAAUGGAGAGGCUGCCUCCUGAGGAGCCGCAGCCCCAGGCCCUCACCAGUCCCCCAGUGCAAAAUGGAGGACUCAGGGACACCAACCUUAUCCCUUGUGCACAUGAGGGGAACCCUGGAACCUCUGCAGAGCCAACACUGGGGACCAGAGGGAGGGGCCCAAGCCCAAGGCUGCCCAGUCAAAGGGUCAGUGAACAGCCAAGCAAACUGGACACCUCAGAUCAACAGGCAUCUCCAUCACAGGAAGCAGUGGGUAUAUGAGCCUCUUCCUUCAUUGUACUGAUGGACUACCAGCGGGCAGGCCAGGGGGUGAGUGGACAUGAAGGCCCUCCCCUUCACUGGAUGGCACUGCUCCCCAGUUGAGGGACCAGCUCUACUUCUACCUGGAGUUGCAUGGUCUCGGCCUGGGGGACCACUGGAAAAGUUAUCCACACUCCUGGCCCAUACUCUUUUCCACAUCCCUUACCUGCCAAUAGGCCAUUUGGCCUGCCUUCCCCAACACCUCGUUCCACAUGCUAGAGUGUGGCAGCUGGGACCAGGCCCCUGCCCUUGGUGGGCCCUGAAGCAAUAGCACCUUAGGUAUCCUGCCCUCUUGGCACAAGAGGUCCAGGCCCUGCCUUGGCCUUCGUGCCCUUUAUUCACUGUCAAUAAAUCUGCUCAGAUCAUUACAGCUGUUUUGCA